UCUUCGGAAAUACGCGAUCAAUACGUCGAGAUCAUUGACUCGAUUCUUGGCAAAAGUGAUCUCAACACUAUCUCCGAGAAGCGAAUUCGCAAAGGUCUCCAGGAAGUCGUCGGCUAUGAUCUCACUCCGCAGAAGUCUGCUGUGAAGCAGCUCAUCAUGGAACGAUUUGACAUUUACGCAGAGAAGAACGGCGUUGGAUCUCCGGAAGAGCCCAGCGCAAGCAACGGUCACAAAGAGGGCGACUCAGCCUCUGCAGUCCCGUCCCCACCCCCUUCUUCCUCCCCAGUGAAACGCGACCCCGACAGUGAGGCCUCGUCGCCUAUUGGCAGCGAGCCGCCCGCCAAGAAGCGCAAGCCGGAUGCCGAUGUUGAUGCCGAUGCCGGCGUUGACGCCGAUGCAGUGUAUGCAGCGAAGCUGCAGGCUGAGGAGAAUUUGCGCGCGCGGCCAACAAGAGGUGGAAACACUCGGCGCGCAGCUCCAUCUAAGAAGAAAAGCAAAGCCAAGACCUCGAAGCGGGUCAAGGCGGAGGACGACUCAGAUAUCGAGUCUGGCUCAGAGACUACCACGAAGAAGGAGGUUAACCGGACUGGCGGAUUCCAUAAACCCCUCAAUCUAUCGCCACCUCUGUCUGCGCUACUGGGUGGAGAAGUGACACUUUCACGACCUCAGACGGUGAAAAAGGUCUGGGAGUACAUCCGGGAAAAUCAACUUCAGGACCCCAGUGACCGUCGCCAGAUUCGAUGCGACGACGCCAUGCGCGCCGUUUUCAAGCAGGAUCGAGUGCACAUGUUCACCAUGACCAAAAUCCUGAAUCAGAACUUGUACAGCCCGGAUGAAUAG